AUUAGUGGUUUUGUAUGAUCAUUGAAGUGGUAGUAGCAGUGAAAAACAAAGCAAUCCCCACCCAAUGGUCGAUUGCUUAAGAUUCUUCACCUAGUCACAUGUUCCUCUUCUCUUCUUCACCCUCAAAAGAACUCACAAAAAGCAAACCCUAGAUCCGAGAUCGGAGACAAAAUCAGACCCAAUCAGAGAAGAAAUGAAGAGAGAUCUUCAUCAAUAUCAAGGUCGUAAUACUCGAUUGUCCAGCCACGGGACUGCAAUCGCCGGUUCUUCUUCUUCCUCCUCGUCUUUGCCGGCGGCGGCUUGUGCUAAUAAAGACAAGAUGAUGAUGGUAAAGGAAGAAGAAGACGGUGGAAACAUGGAUGAGCUUCUCGCUGUUCUAGGUUACAAAGUCAGGUCAUCGGAGAUGGCGGAGGUUGCUUUGAAACUCGAGCAGUUGGAGACGAUGAUGGGUAAUGUUCAGGAAGAUGGUUUGUCUCAUCUCGCGACGGAUACUGUUCACUACAAUCCAUCGGAGCUUUACUCGUGGCUCGAUAAUAUGCUCUCGGAGCUUAAUCCAUCGGCGGUUCCGGCGUCUGGCUCUAAUGGUUUGAAUCCGAUUCUGCCUUCGCCGGAGAUUGAUAACUCGUUUUUCACCGGAGCUGGAGAUUCUUCGGCCAUUGGUGGUUUCUCGGCUUCCGAUUAUGACUUGAAAGCCAUUCCUGGAAACGCGAUUUACCGGAGAUCUAAUCAAUUCGCGAUCGAUUCUUCGUCUUCCUCGAAUAAUAAUCAGAACAACAAGCGGUUGAAAUCAUGCUCGAGCCCCGAUUCGAUGGUUACGUCUACAUCAACGGCGGCGCAGAUUGGUGGAGUUAUCGGAACGACGGCGACGACAACCACCACAUCGACGGCGACUGAGUCAACUCGGGCGGUAAUCCUGGUCGACUCGCAAGAAAACGGUGUUCGUCUAGUCCACGCGCUUAUGGCCUGUGCAGAAGCCAUCCAGAGCAACAAUUUGACUUUAGCGGAAGCUCUCGUGAAGCAAAUCGGGCUCUUGGCUGUGUCUCAAGCAGGAGCCAUGAGAAAAGUGGCUACUUAUUUCGCCGAAGCUCUCGCACGGCGAAUCUACCGUCUCUCUCCGCCGCAGAAUCAAAUUGACCACUCUCUCUCCGAUACUCUCCAGAUGCACUUUUACGAGACUUGCCCUUACCUCAAAUUCGCUCAUUUCACGGCCAAUCAAGCCAUCCUCGAAGCUUUCGAAGGCAAGAAGAGAGUCCACGUCAUCGAUUUCUCGAUGAACCAAGGUCUUCAGUGGCCGGCGCUUAUGCAAGCCCUUGCCCUCCGUGAAGGAGGUCCUCCGGUGUUCCGGUUAACUGGAAUUGGUCCUCCGGCGGCAGAUAACUCCGAUCAUCUCCACGAAGUUGGUUGUAAAUUAGCUCAGCUUGCGGAAGCGAUUCACGUCGAAUUUGAAUACCGUGGCUUCGUCGCCAACAGCUUGGCCGAUCUCGACGCUUCGAUGCUCGAGCUCAGACCUAGCGAAAUCGAAUCCGUGGCGGUUAACUCCGUUUUCGAGCUCCACAAGCUUCUAGGCCGUCCCGGCGGGAUCGAAAAAGUCCUCGGCGUUGUGAAACAGAUUAAACCGGUGAUUUUCACGGUGGUCGAGCAAGAAUCGAACCAUAACGGACCGGUUUUCGUAGACCGGUUUACUGAAUCGCUACAUUACUAUUCGACUCUGUUUGAUUCCCUAGAAGGAGUUCCGAGUAGCCAAGACAAAGUCAUGUCGGAAGUUUACUUGGGGAAACAAAUUUGCAAUCUCGUGGCUUGCGAAGGUCCAGACCGAGUCGAGCGACACGAAAUGCUGAGUCAAUGGGCAAACCGGUUCGGUUCGUCCGGUUUUGCGCCGGCGCAUCUCGGGUCUAACGCGUUUAAGCAAGCGAGUAUGCUUUUGGCUCUGUUUAACGGCGGAGAAGGUUAUCGUGUGGAGGAGAAUAAUGGAUGUUUGAUGUUGGGUUGGCACACUCGGCCGCUCAUAACUACCUCCGCUUGGAAGCUCUCGACGGCGCACUGAGUUGACUAAUGUCUCGAAGCCGACGGUGAUGGUAUGGUGAAUUUGACUCGGUUAUUUGAGUUUGAAUCAGUGGACCGGUGAUGACAUAUGUUCGGACCAGACCAAAACCGAACUGAAUCGAACCGCUUUGCCUUUUAUUUGUUUAUUUUCACCUGUUUAAAAUUCUUAUAUCGUUUUUUUUUUGUUUAGGUCAUUUUUAAUUUAUGCUUUUUUUUUGGGAUGAAUCAGAUAGGCAGAGUAUAUGUAUUUACUAAAUAUUUAUAUAUUUUAGAAUAAUUCAUUCUCGCUUUCAUAGCA